CAAGAUACUUCGAGAAAGAAGUCUUGUAUUAAAAAAUAAAUAAAUCAUCGUGAAUUUUGUCAAAUACCAAAGAAUCAAUAAUUUCGUUUCAAAAUAAAACAUGCCUCGUGGAAGGUCAAGGUCCAGUUCUAGCCCACUUGGUGGUUUAUCUUCGCGUUCUACACAACCAGCAACCAGAUCGUCAAACAAUGUGACCAUUCCACAAAGUACUCAAGCACAGCGCGGACCGGGUUUGUUUAGCCAAAUGGCAUCCACUGCUGCAGGGGUCGCCGUGGGCUCAACAGUUGGCCAUGUGGUGGGUGGUGCAUUAACUGGUGGUCUCCAUGGGAACCAUGAUGCCGUACCCACUAGCCAGCAACAAGCCAAUGGCAUUCAAGCAUCACACAACCCAUGCCAGUUUGAAUUUGAACAAUUUGUUCAAUGUGCCCAAAACCAGAGUGACAUAUCAUACUGUAAAGGGUUUAAUGAAGUUUUGAAGCAGUGCAAGGCAGAUCAUGGUAUGAUAUGAUCAUGUCAAAGUAAAAUUGGUUCAAGUUAAAACUAUACCAGAAUUUGAGAACCAUGGUAUGCUAUUCAUGUAAUAAUGAUCAAGUGUUGUAUUUGUUCAGUUUUUGAGGAGUUAAUUCAGUAAUAAAUAUCUCGAAUUUCUCUGGAA